UAUCAUAUAAUUUUCCCUCUGGAAGAUGGAGGAGGAGAAGAAGAAGAAGGAGAUGGGCAAUAUUGCAAAAGCUUCAACAGCCGAGAACUCCUCCCGAUCGGUAUCAGCUCUACAAGCAUUGUCCAUCCACCUGAUCUGUGGACUUGGUUUAUCUAUAGCUUUAUGGGUAGCCCACAAUCUCUACUCCAUUAAUCUAGUGUCUGACCCUUCACGCACUCUACGUCUGAUCUGGAUUGUCGAGAGUCCAAUCGUGACACUUCUUUAUAGUUGGUUUCGACUCAAUCCUGAGCAAUGCUCGUACUUGAAAGCUGUAGGACGGGGCAUAUUAGCUCUUCCUGUUGGGGCUCUUGUGACUGCACUUGGAGCAAUUGUUUUAGGCGCGCCUGUUGGCAUCGAGUACUUACCAAAGACCAUUAAUUGGUCUCUUCUUAUGUCAUCAUGCAUGUUUGUGCCUGCAGCUUCUGUUUUUGGUUCAUCAUGGUCACAUUGGCAGCGUAUUUUUGCAUAUACAAAGCCAAAUGAAUCUUUAGAGUAUAUGAUUUGUAUACCAGCACAUGGGGCUGUAAUUGGAGCUUGGCUUGGGGCUUGGCCUAUGCCACUUGACUGGGAAAGGCCAUGGCAGGAAUGGCCAGUCUGUGUGACUUAUGGAGCAAUGACUGGGUAUCUACUUGCAAUGGUAGUAUCUCUUGGCUUUGUACUUGUGCAUGGUGGACGGCAACAUCGUAAACGGGAUUAAAAAGCUAACACAUGUGGACUUACUAUUUUCUGAUAGCUGCAAUAGCAUGUCUACUAUUUUUUGGGGACUUGCUGAGGACAUUAGUUUUUCAAAUUGGCAUAACUUGGUUAAAAGAUUUGCUUUUUUUUUUUUUUUACUUUCUCGAUGGAGCCCCUAUUCUCAUGUAUUUCUGACAUCAUAUGGAGUGGUGAUUUAUUUUCUACACGAACAAGAAAUGAUUCGUAGUCUGUAGUUCAUUAUAUGAAACUACUUUUUGCAGGCUUCAA